AUGGCGAAACCCCUCACUCAAUUAUUUCUUAAGGAUGCCACAUUUGAGUUUACUGAUGCUUGUAUGGAGUCUUUAAACAAGAUUAAGGAGGCAUUGAUAACUUCUCCAAUCAUACAACCUCUAGAUUGGGAUUUUCCAUUCGAGAUCAUGUGUGAUGUGAGUGACUAUGAUGUGGGAGCUGUGCUUGGACAACGAAAGAAUAAGGUUUUGCAUGCCAUUUACUAUGCUAGUAAAAUCUUGGAUGAGGCUCAGAUGAAUUAUGCCACCACAAAGAAAGAGUUCCUAGCUAUUGUGUAUGCUCUUGACAAGUUUCGAACUUACCUCAUUGGUUCGAAGGUGAUCAUCCACACUAACCAUGCCGCUCUGAAGUAUCUCUUCGCAAAGAAAGAGGCUAAAUCGAGGAUAAUUCGAUGGAUCUUGCUCCUCCAAGAGUUCGAUUCAGAGAUUCGAGAUAAAAAGGGCGUAGAGAACGUUGGUGCAGACCACCUCUCUCGAUUAAGAUUGCAGUCUACUUCAAAUAUCUCUAUAAAUGACUCUUUCCCUGAUGAUCAUUUAUUCUCCGUUUCUUCUAUAUCUCCAUGGUAUUCUAACUAUGCUAAUUUUUGUGUAGGUGGCUCACAUCCCACUGAUUUGACUUACCAACAACGCAAGAAGUUUUACCAUGAUACUACGCGUGGACAUCUUGGUUCUACUGCGACUGCUUAUCGAGUACUUCAAUGUGGUUUCUGUUGGCCAUCAUUUUGCAAGGACACUCGUAUAUUUUGCAAUGCAUGUGAUGAGUGUCAUAGAACAGGGAAUAUAUCGAAGAGGCAAGAGAUGCCACAAAAUGGAAUUUUUGAGGUUGAGCCUUUUGAUGUAUGGGGACUUGAUUUUAUGGUACCAUUCUCUUCCUCUGGUGGGAAUUGGUACAUUUUGGUUGCCGUCGAUUAUGUCACUAAGUUGGUCGAAGCUAUUGCGUCACCAAAUAACGAUUCAAAGGUCGUUAUGAAGUUAUUUAAGAAGAUCAUCUUCCCGCGUUUCAGAUUCCCAAGAGUUGUUAUUAGUGAUGGUGGUUCUCUUUCCAUCAACGAACUUUUAAGGCUCUUCUCAAGAAACAUGGGGUUUCCCACAAGGACUUCGACUCUUCCCAGGUGA